UCUCCCAGCUGAAGGGGGAAAAAAGACACUCUCGCUCCCUCGCGACGGAUCCUCUAGCCCGCGGCGGAGCACUCCUCCCGUCCUCGGACCUACUGAAGCGAACAACCUCGAAGGAACCCCUCCUUUUCCUCCGCCGCUCUGGUGCACUGGCGUGGAGUAGAAAACCUUCCGGCAUCGAUCCGGACUUGGAUUGGCCCCUCUUGUUGCAGUUCAACACAAUUCGAAUUCGAUGCUGCAUAUCCAAAGGCACUGACCAGUUCUGAUGUAUCUUGCUGGUCUAGGAACUGAAGAUGGAGAAGCCUGAUGAGACAAUGACGACUGGUGUUGUUGCAACUCUGCUGAAAUUUGUACGCAAAUGCGUCAUAGCUGUCCUCUCAUAUGGCCCGAUGCCUGAACACAUCGCGUUUAUAAUGGAUGGUAACCGUAGAUAUGCUAAAGUCAGAAGUAUGAAGGAAGGCACUGGUCACAGGAUGGGUUUCUCCGCUCUAAUUGCAAGUCUGCUAUACUGCUACGAAAUGGGUGUGAAGUACAUUACAGUGUAUGCGUUUAGCAUCGACAACUUCAAGAGAGACCCAAGUGAGGUGCAGUACCUGAUGGAGCUAAUGGAGGAGAAGAUCAAUGAGCUAUUGGAAAAAAGAGAUGUCAUCAAUAAGGUUAACUGCAAGAUCAACUUCUGGGGGGACUUGGACAUGUUGACUGAACCGGUGAAGUUAGCAGCUCAAAAGCUGAUGGAAAGCACCGCUGGGAACACUGGAUUGGUGUUCUCUGUUUGCAUGCCUUACAACUCGACUUCAGAGAUUGUGAAUGCUGUUAACGAGCUGUGUGCCGAACGGAGGGAUAUUGCCCACAAAGAGCACCUGGGCAACUGUAAUGGUCAUGCUGCAAUUAAUGGUGCACAUUCAGAUAUUUCCAUAGCUGAUUUGGAUCGCCAUAUGUACAGCCAUGGAUGCCCGGAUCCUGACAUUGUGAUCAGGACUUCAGGCGAGGCUCGACUCAGCAAUUUCCUUCUGUGGCAGACGACGUUUAGCCAUUUGCAGAAUCCAGACCCACUAUGGCCCGAGUUCUCUCUGAGGCAUCUUUCUUGGGCUAUAUUACAGUACCAGAGAGUUUAUCCUUAUGUAGAGCAAAACAAAAAACUAGCAAAGAAGCAGUUGUAAUCUCAUCUCCUGAGGUCACAAACAUAUCAAGCUCUUCGAACUUGUUCUGUCUUCCCACAUUCAUGGUUGAAGAUUUGAUUAUCCCGUGCAUUCCUCAGCAUCCACGGAUCCAGAAAACAAGGGCGACAAGAGUGUUCUGAAGCUUUGCUUAAAUUCUCCAUGGUUUUUGUUGGCACAAGGUGUAGAAUUCGGAUUAUACAUCAACAGGGCACACAUAUACCUAGAUCCUUUGAAAUUCAGACUUGUAAUUGGUUCAACGAUGAUUUUUGUUGGCGCAACUUCUAGAAUUCAGAUCAUGUAUCAGCAGAGCAUAUAGAUAGACAGAGCAUGUUUGAACUCCCAACUGAUUCAUUGAUGAUCUCAUACUGGACGAAAUAAAUUAAUUGAAUGCAAUUAUGUUUAUGUACGGAGAAAAUCAACAUGAUUACCCCAAUCAAACCCCUGCAUCAUCUCUAACUCAACAAGAUACAAAAGAGGAAGAAAAAACAAAAAAAAGAAAAGAGGUUUGUCUGGCAGGUAUUCCCUUCCUAUUUCUACCUCCAUCAGAUAUGUCAAAGUCUUCUCUUCUCUCCAUUGUGGUCUGAUCUCACACUGGGAGAGCCUUCCUGAAGGCAGCUGUGGUCUGCAUUGUUUACGUUCGUACCCGGGCAGAAAACCUCAUAAAUCAUACUUCCUCGCUAACAAGCCUGUGAAAACUUGUUAACAUGUCAUCAGAAUGAGGUGCUCCAGAUUGCCUCGUCUCCUUCACCGCAUCUCGAGUGCACAUCCUUCAGCCUUUCGACUGGGUUGCAAACCCCGCUGCACCUCCAGUCGAAGGAUGCGACGCAGACGUUCCCUGCCUGUGCCUUCCACUCGCAAUCUGAAAUAAGGUAAUUUUAGUGGCUUGGUCGUCAUCUUCAGAGAUGGUGCAUGGUAUGCAGAACAACUGAAGAAACUGACCUGUUUCUGAUCCACAGCACAUCUCCCUGUCGUCAAUGUGCUCAACAUCUAGCCCGAUGAACCACGCUCCCAGUGACACAUCUUCAUUUGCGAAUUUGUGCAGUAGUGGCCUGGAUGACAAGAUGGACUCAGGUGACAUCAGUAGCAACUCAUCAAAUGGAAAUACUGCCUAAAUAAUCAUAAAUUCCUUCUAGUCUUACUGGUUGACUGAGAUGUAGGUGGCAAGGUCCCUUGAGAUGGCAUAUAGCUGUCCAGUGGCAUGGCGGAAGUACUUGUUCCCGUCCUCUCCAAACUUCCAGAACUCUGGCUCGUGAUAUUUCGAGGUUCUGAAGAAAAGGGCAGUGCAGUGAAGUUUUAGUACUUGUAGGACAUGGCAAUAUGAUGCUACAUUUCUACUAUGGUUACAUGGCAUUUUCAGAAGAAUUACUUGUCCGAAAGAACUGGUCCUGACUUCAUACAGCCGAUAUAGACCCGAGGCUUCAAUUUAUGCCGGCUAAGAGUUGUGAUGAGUGCACCUGCACCACUUGAAUCAGUUAGUUUUCUACAAGAUGAUCGAGAUUCCAGAAGGUAUACUUAUAGGCAAACAUCAUACCAAGGUUGACAUGAACAUCAUCAUCCACCUUGACAUAGAAGUCAGCAUCCCAUGAGGCCACAGCAGUGGAGAAGAAUGUCUUGGUUUUUGCAGUUAGCUUGUGGUACCCUUCAACAUGGUCCUACAUGCAUGCACGGUUUGAUCAGAAUUAGCUUCAGUACAACUCAAAUCAGCAGUGGCGAGAAGAUUUGAUUGAUUGCAGUUUAACAGGACCAUGAUGUAAGGAAUGAUGCAAUUAAAUGCUUGGAGGACAUCGUCAUACCAGCCUAAGAAAGUCGUGAUGAAUAGCAUCCUCGGCGUCUAUAGCCUUAUCAAGGGCAUUGUUCGCUGCAGGACUGCAAAGUAUGAACACCAGUUACUAGUUGAGUCAGUGUAUUUAAAUCCAUGACACCGAGAAGUAAGCUGUAAAAUCUAUGAGCUAUAUAACGACACUCUGUCUUGGACUCCUCUAAAAUGUACAACCUAUUACGGGAUCUUGUAUGUG